AAUUAAUCUUCCCCCCUUUUAGAGGAGAGGCCUCUCGUCAGGUUCUCAUUUUUUCCCCCUUUUUUCUGUUUUCCCUCUCUCCCACUCUCGAAACCCUACCGUUCUUUAAACGCCAAUAAUUUCAAAUCCAAUAUUUAUCGAUCUCUCGGAGAAUCAGUUGAUAAAAAUGCAGCAUCAGAGGCUGAAGCAACAACAACAACAACAGCAGGCCUUGAUGCAACAAGCGGCCCUCCUCCAACAACAGUCUCUCUACCAUCCUGGCCUCUUAGCUCCUCCUCAGAUUGAGCCAAUCCCAAGUGGAAAUCUGCCUCCUGGGUUUGAUCCAAGUACAUGCCGCAGUGUGUACGUGGGAAACAUUCAUACACAGGUGACAGAACCACUUCUUCAAGAGGUUUUCGCAAGUACAGGUCCUGUUGAAAGCUGCAAGCUCAUUAGAAAGGAGAAGUCUUCCUAUGGAUUUAUUCAUUACUUUGAUCGCAGAUCAGCUUCACUUGCUAUUUUUUCUCUCAAUGGAAGGCAUCUGUUUGGGCAGCCUAUAAAAGUUAAUUGGGCAUAUGCUAGUGGCCAGAGAGAGGACACAUCAAGUCACUUCAACAUUUUUGUUGGUGAUCUCAGCCCUGAGGUUACUGAUGCAAUGUUAUUUGCAUGCUUCUCUGUUUAUCCCAGUUGUUCUGAUGCAAGGGUUAUGUGGGAUCAGAAGACUGGUCGUUCAAGAGGGUUUGGAUUUGUUUCUUUCAGGAAUCAACAGGAUGCUCAAAGUGCAAUAAAUGACUCAACUGGAAAAUGGCUUGGCAGUAGACAGAUACGUUGUAACUGGGCUGCAAAAGGUGCUGGUGCCAGUGAUGACAAGCAGAGCUUAGAUGCCAAAAGUGUUGCGGAACUAACAAAUGGCUCUUCAGCAGAUGGUAAAGAGGUGGCAAGUAGUGAUGCUCCUGAGAACAACCCACAGUACACUACUGUAUAUGUGGGCAAUCUUGCACCAGAGGUGACACAGGUUGACCUCCAUCGCCAUUUCCAUGGUCUUGGUGCUGGAGUGAUUGAGGAAGUCCGCAUCCAGCGUGACAAAGGAUUUGGUUUUGUUAGAUACAGCAACCAUGCCGAGGCAUCUUUGGCUAUACAGAUUGGGAAUACUCAGUCAAUUCUUUGUGGCAGGCAGAUAAAGUGCUCUUGGGGUAGCAAGCCCACUCCUCCUGGAACGAGUUCUACCCCACUUCCCCCACCUGCACCAGCACCUUUGCCAGGUCUUUCAGCCACUGACUUGUUGGCCUAUGAGCGACAACUAGCAAUGAGCAAGAUGGGUGGUGUCCACGCCCUAAUGCACCCUCAAGGGCAGCAUCCUCUCAAACAAACAUCUAUGGGAAUAGGUGCUGCUGGGGCAAGCCAGGCCAUAUAUGAUGGUGGUUUCCAGAGUGUUGCUGCUGCCCAGCAGCUCAUGUACUACCAGUAAUAUAAAGAGGGAGUUUUAUGUGGUGAAAGCCUUUAUUCUCCUGCCUUUGCAAGCUAGUGUGAGAUUUUAAACUUUUUAGGAGAUUUUCGUAUUCUCUUUUUACUCAAAUCAGGAUUGUUCCACAUCCUUGAUAUGCUUGCCCUUGCCCUUGCCCUUGCCCUUGCCCUUGCCCUUGCCCU